CGCGGUCACACUGCCAGCACACACAGAAAAUAUAUUUCCAGGGGUAAAAAGAAUUGAAAAUUUUAUAUUUUCAACAUACAAUCCCUUUGAAUUCGCUGUCGAAAGUGUAAUUUAGACGGGAACAUUCAGGAUGAGCGCACCGAGCAAUAAAAUGUCGGCAACGGAUCAGAUGCGAGCAAUGCUGGACCAGUUGAUGGGCACCACCCGUAACGGGGACGAGCGACAGCUGAAGUUUUCGGACACACGCGUCUGCAAGUCGUUCCUGCUGGACUGCUGCCCCCACGACAUACUGGCAUCCACACGCAUGGAUCUCGGUGAGUGUCCCAAAGUGCAUGAUCUGGCUUUUCGUGCAGAUUACGAGAGUGCGGCCAAGUCGCGUGACUUCUACUACGACAUCGAGGCCAUGGAGCAUCUGCAGGCGUUCAUUGCGGACUGCGACCGACGCACAGACUCUGCCAAGCAGCGGCUGAAGGAGACGCAGGAGGAGCUGACCGCCGAGGUGGCCGAGAAGGCCAAUGCCGUCCACGCCCUGGCCGAGGAGAUUGGCAAGAAGCUGGCCAAAGCCGAGGCCCUGGGCGAGGCCGGUGAGGUGGAGGACAGCAUGGAGUUGAUGAAGGAGAUCGACGAGCUGCGCAGCAAGAAGAUCAAGGCCGAGCACGAGUACCGCACCUCAAUGCCCGCCUCUACCUACCAGCAGCAGAAGCUGCGCGUCUGCGAGGUCUGCUCCGCCUACCUGGGCAUCCACGACAACGACAUCCGGCUGGCGGACCACUUUGGUGGUAAGUUGCACCUGGGCUUCCUCACCAUUCGGGAGAAGCUGAUCGAGCUGGAGAAGACCGCUGCCCCGCGCAAGGUGGAGCUGAAGCGCACGGGUAAGAUACCAGAUCGUGACGAGGAGGGCCGAGGCGGCAGAAAUCGCUACUUUGUAGGUGGCCGAGAGCUGGACCGACGUUCCCGCGUGCAUCGCUCACGUUCCAGGGAGCGCCAACGACAGCGAGAGUCGGAGCGCGGCGACCGGGACCGAGAGCGUGGCAACAGCAGCAGCAAUGGCAAGGCCGAGGGCAGCACUGAGCGUUCCACCAAGGACGCUCCAGAGGGACCAGAUCGAGGCAGUGGCGGCGGUGGACAGCGCGGCGGACGCGACAACGAUCGCAUCAAUCGCAACAAUGACGGCCGCGACCAUCGUGACCGAGAGCGCGAUGGACGACGGGACAGGGAUCGUCACAUGCGCAACGAUCGUGGACGCUUUGGUGGCGGCGGCGGUGGAGGAGGAGGCGGCGGCGGCGGCGAUCGCAGGGAUGACAGGCGUCGUUCUCGUUCUAGAGAUCGAUCGCCGCGUGGCGAGAGGCGCAACUACAAUCAUUUCGCUGGCAACAAUCACAACAACAAUCAUGGCAGCAGCAGCAACAACAAUCACCACAACAACAACAACAACAGAAGGCGAUCCUACUCGAGGGAGCGCUACCGCCGUUAGGACAGUUCCCCCACCCUGCGCACGUACGUAGCAAUAAUCCGAAAACAGAAACAGCAAAAAAAAAAAACAGUCACUACAAUCUGAAACUAAGAGAAAAACUCUGAACUAAAUAGCAACAAAUACCACAAAAUAUUGAAUUAACGAAGAGCCAGCACAUCCAGAACAGACGUGUGGGAACGAUGAACUUUACAUAUUUGUAUAUUGUUAAUAAUCUCUUAUUUUUGAUCUUAGUCUCGCAACCACUUAAGACCGAAUAAAGCCUAAGAUCUGUUAACCGCAAAAACCCCAAAAAUGCAAUCCAAAAAAAUAUAUAAAAACGAAUCCCGACCGAAAGCGAGAGAGAAGCAUACAUAUAAAUGAGAUUUGAUAGUCCCCUCGAUCCCUCGUUGAGAGAGGUUUUUGGUAUGUAGAGAUAAAACCCAAAUGUAGAAGAACCAAACCCCUCCAACCUACACCCCACAAGAACGAAAACCACACGCAGUGUUGCCAAUUGUAGUAUAAACGAAUAUUUGAUGUUGUCUGUAGAAUCACAUAUAGAACUGGGAGAGAAGAGCUCCGUGAACUGUCCGAACUGCCAAGAGAGAGAGAGAGAGAGAGAGCCAUUCCUUAAAUUGAACUAAAAAUGUUACUGAUAAUAUAAAGGAUAGAUAAAUAUUUAUGAAUAAGCUGUAAAGGAGGGACCUUUUUAUAUACUAGUUGGUAACACUGUAAGAACCAACCCAUUCGACUCGUAUUAUACUCGUAAUAUUCCCCCAGCUCUUAGCUCUCUAUUCCCAUCUCUCUUUAUUGAUUCCAACCGAGGCGAAUCGCUGUACGAGCUUUCUGGGGUAAGCCUCAACCAUAUAUAAACAACAACAACAACAAACUCUUUUUCUCUAUCUGUAAUUCUUCUCUACUUGAAGUUCCAACAAUUUUGCAGCCCACACUCAGCGUUGCUUUUGGGUACGUAUUGAGUAAAUAAAUAUAUGCAGCAGAAGUACGUCCCACGUCUAGCAUUAACGUUAGUGUUGUCUUGGCAGAUACAUUUAUCCUCGUUCGUUCGUACAUAGUUAAUAUAAUCAAUCCAGAUAAUCCAAAUAAUCCAAUACGAUAGCUUUGGGUACGUAUCUACUCCGGCCGUUGAGCGUGAGAAAGGGUUUCUCCCUUGUGUUCUGUAUUUCGUUUCGUUUUCCGUUGGGUACGUAUUAACGUUAGAGAAUUGAUAUAUGCUAAAGAUCUAGAAGAUCGCAGCUCUGAGUGGUACGUAUGUAUACUGUAUAAUAUUUAUAUAUACAAAAAUACUCAACCCAAAGCAGACAGACAGCAGUCUAUGUAGGGGUUGUCGUAUCGGAGUUGCAGUUCCCAACGUACGUAUUCCCUUCACUCUACUCUCAUAUUCUCUCUCAACCGAAAAGCAAAACAAAAACUAAGAAAAACCCAAAUGAAAAUAUGUAUUCUUUUUACCAUAAACUCUCGUAGCGGUUUAGAGGAGUUUUUUAACAUACAAUAAUCACGAAUUUCUCUAUGGUCUGCACUGAUCUGAUCUGCUCUGCAAAAUGCCAGCCAUCUGUGAGUAUUCGGGUCGUCAACUACACAACAAAAAACUAAAAACAAAAAACUACAAUAACUAUAAUAUAAUAUAGCAAACACUAUAAUCAAUAUACAAAUAUCCAAUUAUUGUUCGGCCUGGGUCUGGGCUUUUCUGCUAACGUUUUCGUUCGUUCCGUUUCUUUCGACAGCCAAGGAUUUGUAGUGGGAUUAUUGUGA